UCAUCCUCCUCGUCGUAUCGCAUUUUUCUUUUUCAAAUGUGCUGCUGCGGAAAUAAAAAAGAGCUCAUUUUUCGCAAAAUUUUCCCAGUUUUUGGGUUAGAAUAUACGUGAGUUGGAACACGACUGGAUCACACGGAACUGGUAGAAGUGGCAGGAAGUGUGGAACGAAUACGCGCAAGCUAAACGACAAGAACGGUUCCACUAUAGCGCCGAAGGAAACUGAAUUGCCACCAUGAGCGUGGACACUUACGAUGGAGCCGUGGGUUCCCAGACGCUGACCUUCCUCGAUACUGAGGAAAACGAUUUGAUCGGGGCGGACACCCAGGGGACGGAUUUUGACUUUCGGGAUUUUACCAUUCCUUCCCAGAGUCAAACGUUGGCUUCCCAAUUGGAUCAUCUAGGGACCGGAAGUGGAAGUCAGUUGAACGGAUUCGGACGCCGUCUGGGAUCGGAUGUGGCCAAAUUAGCCGGGAUAACGUCCGCCAUCGGCGAGCUGCAGUUCGAGGAAGACGAAGACGAUGCGGUGGCUGAGAGACAGGAAUUGCCAACGCACGCCUGUCGUUACUGUGGCAUCCACGAGCCAAGCACCGUGGUCAUGUGCAACAUAUGCAAGAAGUGGUUCUGCAACGGUCGUGGUAAUACUUCCGGGUCGCACAUCGUAAACCACCUGGUCCGGGCUAAACAUCGUGAAGUUACACUGCACGGUGAUGGACCGCUUGGCGAGACGGUCCUGGAGUGCUACUCGUGUGGAGUGCGCAAUGUUUUCGUGCUCGGUUUCAUUCCAGCUAAGGCGGACUCUGUUGUGGUGUUGCUGUGCAGACAACCAUGCGCCGCACAAAACUCCAUCAAAGAUAUGAAUUGGGAUCAGGAACAGUGGAAACCGUUGAUUGCUGAUCGUUCGUUCUUGUCCUGGUUGGUAAAAGUUCCCACCGAACAGGAGCAGCUACGUGCCCGACAAGUCUCUGCGGCGCAGAUCAACAAAUUGGAGGAAUUGUGGAAAGAGAAUGUCGAUGCCACGUUUCAAGAUUUGGAGAAGCCCGGAGUCAAUCAGGAGACCGCACCGGUACAAUUCCGCUAUGUGGAUGGCUACCAGUAUCAACAUAUUUUCGGUCCAUUGGUCAAGCUUGAGGCGGACUACGAUAAACGUCUCAAGGAAAGCCAGACACAGGAAAAUAUUGAACUACGUUGGGAUACUGGAUUGAAUAAAAAAACAAUAGCGUACUUCACACUGGCCAAGAACGAUGGCGACAUGAAAUUGAUGCAUGGCGAUGAAUUACGGCUGAGAUACACCGGUGAAUUACAUAAGCCAUGGAGCUGCAUUGGGCAUGUCAUCAAGGUUCCGGACAAUUACGGUGAAGAUGUGGGACUAGAAUUGAAGCAUAAUCAUCAGGCUCCAAUUGAAUGUUCUUCAAAUUUUGCUGUUGAUUUCAUAUGGAAAGGGACAUCAUUUGAUAGGAUGCAGACGGCAUUGCGCAAGUUUGCGUUGGACGAUAAUAGCGUGUCAAACUAUAUCUAUUCUCGCUUGCUGGGGCACGGAAGACAAGACGGUUCGGAUGAUGUGACUUUCCGUAUCAAUAAUUUGCCGAAGCAUUUCAGUGCACCGAAUUUACCGGAUCUAAACAGAUCGCAAGUUUAUGCCGUGAAACAUGCACUGCAGCGUCCGCUAAGUUUGAUUCAAGGUCCACCUGGCACAGGUAAAACCGUAACAUCGGCCACGAUCGUUUACCAACUUGUACGUUUGAAUGGUGGCCCAAUUCUGGUUUGUGCUCCUAGUAACACGGCUGUAGACCAGUUGACGGAAAAAAUCCAUCGUACGAAUUUGAAGGUUGUUCGUGUUUGCGCAAAAUCCCGUGAAGCUAUUGAUUCCCCUGUCAGCUUUUUGGCUUUACAUAAUCAAAUUCGUAACAUGGAACAAAACAUUGAUUUGAAAAAGUUGCAACAACUGAAGGACGAAACCGGUGAAUUGAGUUCAUCUGAUGAAAAACGUUACCGUUUAUUGAAAAAGCAAGCUGAAAGAGAGCUUCUGGAGGCGGCUGAUGUGAUUUGUUGCACCUGUGUUGGUGCUGGAGAUCCAAGAUUGCGCCGUAUCAAGUUCAGCUCCAUUCUAAUUGACGAAUCGAUGCAGUCUACGGAACCGGAGUGUAUGGUACCGGUUGUAUUGGGAGCAAAACAGUUGAUCUUGGUAGGAGACCACUGCCAAUUGGGACCGGUUGUCAUGUGCAAAAAAGCUGCUAAGGCAGGCUUGUCACAAAGUUUGUUCGAACGUUUAGUGGUACUUGGUAUUCGUCCUUUCCGCUUGGAGGUUCAGUACCGUAUGCAUCCCGAACUUUCGCAGUUUCCAUCGAACUUUUUCUACGAAGGUAGUCUUCAGAAUGGUGUUUGUGCUGAGGAGCGAAAAUUGAAGAUCGAUUUCCCGUGGCCCUCACCGGACACACCCAUGUUUUUCCUCGUUACCCAAGGACAGGAAGAAAUCGCCGGAUCCGGAACAUCUUAUCUGAAUCGUACCGAAGCUUCUAAUGUGGAAAAAAUAACAACACGUUUCUUGAAAGCUGGUGUUAAACCAGAACAAAUUGGCAUUAUUACACCCUAUGAAGGUCAACGUGCUUAUUUGGUACAGUACAUGCAGUAUCAAGGAUCACUACAUUCAAAACUAUACCAGGAAAUUGAAAUUGCUAGCGUUGAUGCCUUCCAAGGUCGUGAAAAGGACAUCAUCAUUAUGUCAUGCGUUCGUUCAAAUGAGCACCAAGGCAUUGGCUUUCUUAACGAUCCAAGGCGUUUGAACGUAGCAUUAACUAGAUCCAAAUAUGGAAUUAUUAUCGUUGGAAAUCCGAAGGUUUUGUCCAAACAGCAGUUGUGGAAUCAUUUGCUUAAUUUUUACAAAGAUAAGAAGGUUUUAGUAGAAGGAUCACUUAACAAUCUAAAAGAAUCAAUGAUUCAAUUCACAAAGCCGAAGAAAAUUGUCAACACUUUGAAUCCUGGUUCCCAUUUCAUGAAUAACGUUAUGUACGAUGCCAAGGAAGCAGGCUAUUUCGAGCGUAAUCAUGGACCGAGUAGUUCAUUUGGAAAUCCUGCUCCAAUUGGGACCAUGAAUGGACCACGUCCUCAACCACUGGAUAUGUUUGGUUGGACACACGAUCCAAUUAGUUUUAUUUCAUCAGAGCGCACCCAAGCCGCAAUUAACAACAUGCCGGUCCCUGUAGGAAUGUUUAUGAACAUGUCAAACGUCCCUCCACGCUAUUUCCAGCAACAACAGGCUGCUCAAGCUGCUAAGCAGGCUCGUCGCACCAAACCGCCUAGUGCUGGCGUUAUUGGAUCUAAACCCAAGCCUAAACCGAUCGGGCCACCAUCGAGUCAGAAUAAUUCCUCGGUCGGAGUUAUCGGAUCCAGUUCAUUGACCCAGGGCAUGUCGCAAAAUAUGUCCCAGCCUGGUUUCAGUCUUUCACAACAGCCGGAUUUCUCUCAGGACUACAUGGCCGAGUACCAAUCGCAGGUUGACGGGCUUCUUUCCCAAGAUUCCACAUUUGGACCUAGCCAGGCCACAAACGAUCGUCUGGUUUUCGAUCUUGCCCCGAAUCAGUUCUCGCAACCCUACUGAUAAGAAACAGCGAGAACGCACCGGAUGAUGAACAUGAUGGCGUGCAUAAUCUCGGGGAAUCUUUGAGAAAAAAUACAGAGGAAGUUAACAGCAACAACAACGUCUACGCCUAAGCAAAAAUUCGCGCAGUUAAACCGAUUCUAGAAUAAAGAACAAAGGGUUAAAAUUGAAGGGAGGUAAAAAUCUUUAGCGGAACACGACACUUAAGCAGCAGUUGCAGCAAUCAGCGGAAAUUUCUCACACGUUUCCAACUGAUUUGUUCCGUCUAAUGAGUGUCGCGCCGUUGUCGUCCCACGUUUCUAAUACUGGAAAAACGCGAAUGGAGCUUGACGAUACACUUGCAAGAAUAUUAACAACCAACUCGCUGGAAGCAGCUCAUGUCCUUGCAAAAUACAAAACGGCCAACGGUACCAUAAAUGCAACAAAAAAAAACGGAAAAGGAGAGAAUCGUCGAACAAACCAUACGCAUCGAUAUCAUUGUCGACGGGAUUUCGUUGAUUUAAGCACUAGUGCGCAACACCGAUUCUGGUAGGUUCAGCAGAAACUUUCGUUGCUCGACUCCACCACAAAGAACAAGCAUCGAACUUUAGGAGAACAUCGAAUCGUGCGGUUGCCCCACUCUUCAUCUGAGACAAGCUUAAAAUUCGAGAACGAUCCUGCAGCGGCACGAAUGAUUCUGUGUCUGGUUCUUCGAAAUAGUGUUUUUCGCGCGCAAGCUCUAGCUAAAAACUAACCACAGCCCACAACAAACAAACAAAAAUAACAGCAAACAAGUUUUUUUUUGUUUUGUAUUAGUACUCCUUGUGUUCUUACUGUCUAUUUGUUCAAGACAAUUUCACUUUUGUUCGCGAAUUUCGGUUGACUUUUCACUAAACCAAUACCAACUUCGACUGCAGAAAAAAUCGCUUUCUAAGGUUUCCUUUCUAUAGUUGACAACGUAUAAUUCUGUCUAGCCGGCGGAGCAGGGGUAUUACACGGAGAUGAGAAUGGACUGGACAUCCGCUUUGGCUGAAUCGUUUUGUUCGACUGCCUACUUAAAAGGAGAUAGUUUCCGUUGGGGAUUUCUUAACAUCAACUACAACAAAAAUAUAUACAUUUUAUUUUGCAAAUUUUAAAAAUCUUCAAUGUUCUUGGAGCAUAGACUAAACCUGGUAGCAAUGUUUGGCGAAAGGUUGUGCCCUGAAAGAAAAAAUCUACAAAUUUUGUUUUUAAUGUUUUCGAAAAAAAAAUAGUUGAAAAUUUUAUACAUUCAGUAUUUGAAUUUCAGGUUUUUAUGGCAAAGGUAAAUAACACAAGAACGUUAAAAUUUCUAAUUAACAGCAAGGCAAAAUUAAGUUUAUUUUCAUUGUAACAGCGAGGGUACUUCCUUUCCCAAAUAAAUAUAGUUCUGUUCGGCA